UUUUAGCCUCAUAAAAAACAUAUACGUAUACACCCACAAAUGCAAAUUACAUAAAAGCCCAAAUAUCCAACCCUAUCGGCUAAUCAUCUUUUCCUUCUGUCUUAAAGAAACAAGAGGGAAUUAUCAGUUGCCGUACCCGCCUGGCCUCUCAAUGGCUGCUUCUUCCUCCUCACUCUUCUACACUAACCACUCAAACUUCUGCUUCUCUCACUCUCUCUUCCCACUACUCCCCACCCACUUCCCUUCAAAACCACAGUCUCUUAAACCCCUAACUCUCGCACCCCAAGUCCUUGCGCCCGUUCUCUUCGCUCUUCCCCAUUUUCGAUCCACUUUUGCUGCCGCAGCAGUUGCAUUUGAAAGUUCUGAAGAAACCCAACACGAUAACAAUGUCACAAGUGAAGAAGAAGAGGACCCAGAAACAGAAACACAAGGAUUUGAAGAGGAACAAGGAGGAGGGGGAGAAAUUGAACAAAAUGAAUCUGAAUCAAAUGGAGAGGGCAGGCUUUAUGUGGGAAACUUGCCUUACUCCAUGACGACUUCACAAUUGGUUGAGGUUUUCAGGGAGGCUGGUCGUGUGGUCUCCGCGGAGAUUAUAUACGAUCGAGUAACAGAUAGGAGCAGGGGAUUUGGAUUUGUUACUAUGGGGAGCAUUGAAGAAGCCAAAGAAGCUAUUAGGAUGUUCACUGGAUCUCAAAUUGGAGGUCGCACUGUGAAAGUUAACUUUUCGGAAGUUCCUAAGGGAGGUGAGAGGGAGGUGAUGGGACCAAGGAUACGGAAGAGCAACAGGGACUUCGUAGAUAGUCCUCACAAGAUCUAUGCAGGAAAUCUCGGUUGGCGCCUCACUUCUGAGGACCUUAGAGACGCUUUUGCAAACCAGCCUGGUGUAUUGAGUGCUAAAGUCGUCUAUGAGAGAGAUUCAGGAAGAUCUCGAGGCUAUGGAUUUGUCUCUUUUGAAUCUGCUGAGCACGUCAAAUCAGUCUUAAAUGCCAUGAAUGGAGUGGAGGUGGAAGGGCGGCCACUACGAUUAAAUCUGGCUACAGUUAGACCCCCUCUUACUCCUCCAGCACCAGAAGAAAAUGUAGAAACCGAUAUGGACAGCAGUGAAUUGCUUUCUACCAUAAGCAAUUGAAGCAAGACAACUGCAGGAUGGCUGUUUGCAUAUGCUUUUGGGUGGAGCAGGAAGAGACUAUCACAAAGGUUUCUAGUUCCCUUCGACUACUCUACUCUCGAGAAUAUUUCAUGCAGAUCAGCUGGCGAAUAGAUGGCUAACCGAUUAGUCUUAUCUUGUAGUGUGUGGUCAUGCACCGUACAGGACUUGCAAAUAUGUAAGCAGAGUAAAAUUCACCUGUCUUUUUUUAUAUGGCAAGUAUGUAAGCAGACUACUCUACUCUCUACAGAAUUUUUUGGCUUAUUUCUUUUUUCUUCGACAAUUAUCGGUUUGAUAUGAGAUGAGCAACAUUCACAAGUAAA